AUGGAUCUUCUGCUUGAACUUCUGCUUCUGGCGACAAGUUGGAUUCAUGUUCUCCUGGCGCCUUACACAAAAGUCGAAGAGAGUUUUAACUUGCAUGCUGUGCACGAUGUGCUCAUGUAUGGUGUCGGCCAUGAGGCUCUACUCAAUUACGAUCACUUCAUUUUUCCUGGAGCAGUGCCGCGGACAUUCAUAGGGGGUCUCUCGCUGGCAUGGUCGUCAUAUCCAGCAAUCCUGGUCGCCCAGAAGCUGGGCUGUGUCAGAGACAAGUCUGACCUGCAGAUCAUCGUUCGAUUGGUUCUGGCCACUGCGAAUGCCAUGAUUCUGUGCCUCAUACGACGUGCACUCUCGCGUCGGUUCGGAGGGCCUACCAGUCGUUUCUAUGUGCUUUUGACCUGCACCCAGUUCCAUCUACCAUUUUGGAUGGGCAGGACGUUGCCAAACAUGUUCGCCCUGAUUCCUGUCAAUCUCGCGCUUUACUUCUGUGUGAACCGCGGCCCGACCUCGCUUCGUCCGUCCCAGCGCAACUUUGACCGUGCACUCGCACUUCUUGUGUUCACUGCAGCUGUCUUUCGCUCGGAAGUUGUUUUACUACUUGGUCCUCUCGCACUUCAAGCCCUCUUCUACAACUACACGACAUUUGGUAGGCUGUUCAAAGUCGGAGUGCUCUCUGGGACCGCGUCCGCCGCGGCAACUAUACUCACGGAUUCGUACUUCUGGCAGAGAUGGCCCCUAUGGCCUGAGCUCUAUGGGGUCUAUUUCAACGUCAUUGAAGGCAAGAGUGCCGAGUGGGGCGUCUCGCCAUUCCACACCUACUUCACGGCAUGCCUUCCUAAACUGUUGCUCUCUUCCUUGCCUCUGUCUAUCCUUGGGUUCCUGCUUGAUUCGCGUGUCCGUGAACCUAUGUUACCGGCACUCGCAUUCGUCCUCCUCAUCAGUUCACUGGGGCACAAGGAGUGGCGGUUCGUCGUGUACGUCGUCCCCGUCUUCAACAUCGCAGCAGCGAAGGGCGCUUCAUGGCUGUCAUCGCGACGAAAGAGCACCGUCUUCGGUCGACUCUGCUUCCUCGUCGUAAUAGGUCUCCUGUGCUGUAACGGCUUUGUAACGUAUAUGCUCACGGCAGCAUCCAUGCACAACUACCCGGGAGGAGAGGCCCUCUCAACGUUCAAUAACCUGUAUGUCGCGCAGGAAAAUGUGCAUGUACACAUAUCCAACCUCGCCUCACAGACUGGUGCCUCCCUCUUUUUGCAUACGCAUGCACCGCCAUACCUUCCCGGCCUGGAGGUUGCGGAUGCUUCCGCCGCCCACAAUUGGACUUACAACAAGACCGAGCACCUCUCGCCUAAGGCACUAUCUGCCACGAGCGAGGUCACGCACCUGAUCGCUGAGAUGGACACCUUUGCGGUCGAGGCCGUGGAGAGCUUUGAUAGGUGGUCGCUCAACACUGGCCUGCGGGGAAUUGUGAAGCAAGGCUUGAUGGACAGCAUAGACGCGUUGUUGCACCCGCUGCGAAUGGUUAAGAGCGAAAAGCUUGUGAUUCUGGAGAGGAAAGGGGCGUAA